GCGGAGCGCUUUGGCGGUUGCACCGGGCAAGAUGGCUGACCGGGAGGAGGCGUUGAGGGAGUUCGUGGACGUGACCGGGGCCGAGGAGGAGCGGGCGCGCUUCUUCCUGGAGUCGGCGGGCGGGGACCUGCAGAUUGCCCUGGCCAGUUUCUAUGAAGAUGGCGGUGACGAAGACAUCAUCACACUCCCACAACCAACUUCUAGCUCUGUUACCAGAGGCACCACACCCAGUGACCACAGGGUGACGUCAUUCCGUGAUCUUGUUCAUGCUCAGGAAGAGGAGGAGGAGGAGGAGGAAGGACAAAGAUUUUAUGCUGGUGGGUCAGAACGAAGCGGGCAGCAGAUUGUUGGUCCCCCGAGGAAGAAGAGUCCAAACGAGCUGGUGGAGGAUUUGUUCCGGGGGGCCAAAGAGCACGGAGCGGUGGCUGUCGAACGAGCAGCUAAGAGCCCCGGGGAAGGCAGCAGGCCAAAGCCCUUUGCGGGAGGCGGGUACCGCUUGGGAACAGCACCCGAGGAGGAGUCUGCUUACGUUGCGGGGGAGAUGAGGCAGAACGCUGCUGCGCAGGACGUCCACAUAGUCUUAAAGCUGUGGAAAAGCGGAUUCAGCCUAGACAGCGGAGAGCUGAGGAGCUAUCAAGAUCCAUCCAAUUCUCAAUUCCUGGAGUCCAUCCGUCGGGGAGAAGUCCCCGCCGAGCUCCGUCGCUUGGCCCGUGGUGGGCAGGUGAAUUUGGAUCUGGAGGACCAUCGCGAUGAGGAAUUCGUGAAGCCCAGGGGUGCCUUCAGGGCUUUCACCGGAGAAGGGCAGAAGCUGGGCAGCACUGCCCCCCAAGUGAUGGGCACCAGCUCACCCUCUCAGCAGGCAGAAAACGAAGCCAAAGCCAGAUCCUUGGUCACCAUCGAUGAGGCAGAGCCCACCACCAACAUCCAGAUCCGGCUUGCGGAUGGUGGGCGGCUUGUACAGAAAUUCAACCACAGUCACAGGAUCCGCGACAUCCGGCUCUUCAUCGUGGACGCCCGGCCGGCCAUGGCCGCCACUGGCUUUGUCCUCAUGACCACCUUUCCGAACAAAGAGCUCUCGGACGAGGACCAGACUCUCAAGGAAGCCAACCUCCUGAACGCCGUCAUCGUCCAGCGGUUCGUAUAAGGGGACCUGCCCGCAGGCCCGCCUCGUAUCGCCCUCUUUGUGGUUCACCGCCCCACCAUGCGAUGUCGCCGCCGGGUCGCAGCGCUAGUUUCAGGCUCCUGGAUUGGCCUUUUGGGUUGCGUUUCCCAUAUUUGGGUUUUUUUUUAAUUUCUUUUAUUUUUUUGCGCUGAUCCAUGGACUUUAAGAAAGAAACAAAACCAAACAGAGACUUUUGUGUUCCCUGUUGUGCCUGCCGGAGCCCUGCCAAAUAACUGACGGAGCAAGAGGCUGUGUGGCCCUCGGAAAGGGGAGGGCGAAGGUGCUGGAGUCUCCUGUAGGUCCUCUUCCGGAGGGGCCCCAGCAUUCUUCCUUCUCUUCAGUGGAUUAAAUAAAGUGAACCCCAAAUUA